CUUCCAUUUCCUGGUACAGUCGGCGGCGGCACGGCUUCGUCCCAAACACCGCUGACUGAGCGUCCCCGUCGGGUCUAUCCGUCUCCUCUCUCCGCUGACUGACACUCCAAACUGCUGAGCGACCAUGUAUCGAUAUGCUGCAUUAGUUUUAUUCCUCGCCUUUGGAAUCGUGUUCCAGCUGUCUCAUGGCACUGAGGUGGACGUCAAAGACAAAGACGACAAGUUAUGCCUCUAUGCCAAUCUAAUGGUCAACUUCUCAGUCUCAUAUGAUGCAGCUGACAAUAAGACCGCAACAGCUGAGUUUGAACUUCCUCCUAAAGUGUCAACAGUUGGAAGUGAGUGUGGCAGCUCAAGCUCAAUGUUGAAGCUCAGUUUUGGAGAAGGACACACCUGGAGCAUGAACUUUAACACCGUCGAUGGAAAAAAGUACCAGGCAGACACCAUCACCUUCUCCUACAACCUCAGCGACACAACCUUCUUCCCUAAAUCUACAUCGAAUGACACCCUAACUGCCACCGUGAAGCCUCACAUUACAGACGUAGGCCUGGACACCUGCUACUCAUGCAACAGCAAGGACACGAUCGAAGCCGAUGCGGUGAAUCAGACACUGUGGAACGUGCUCAUACAGGCUUUUGUCAUUAAUGGCAACAAGAGUGAAAAUAUUACCUCUUGUCCAGCCGAUGUACCCGUAACCACCGUUACCCCCACCACUCACGCCACCAGUACCGCGGCUCCUGUCACAAAUGCUACUACCGCUGCCCCGCCUACCACCACCCCUACCCCCACCCUCCCCCCACCCUCCACUGGAAAGUACAGCAUCAAGCCUGAUGACAACAGCACAGCCUGUCUGUUGGCCACCUUUGGCCUGCGGAUCGGUGUCAAGCAGGCAGACAAAUAUCAGGAGAUGAACUUUGACCCCAAUGGGACCACAGUCUCUGGAUCAUGUGGAGUCAACAGCAGUGAGCUGGUGUUGGUGUCCAACACAAUGACCAUCACGUUCACUUUCACCAAUGACACAAAGAAAUUCCGCCUUCACGCUCUGAACGUAACUGGAAAGACAAGUUCUGGUGUGGCAUUUUCUGAGGCGAACACCAACCUGAGUCUGUGGGAGGCGGCUGUCAGCAGUUCCUACAUGUGUAACAAGGAGCAGAACUACACCAUCACCGGCCUGCUCACCAUCUUCACCUUCGACCUUCAAGUACAGCCCUUCGGAGUAAAGAAGGGUGUUUUCAGUACAGCCCAUGAAUGUUCAUUGGAUGACACCAGCAUCUUAAUCCCAAUCAUUGUUGGCGCUGCUCUGGCUGGCUUGAUUCUCAUUGUAGUGGUCGCUUACGUGAUUGGUCGAAGAAAGACUUAUGUUGGAUAUCAGACCCUUUAAAUCCAGUUUUCAGUCGAUCCUGAAAUAUCACGGGGUUCCCAAGCCUGGUCCUUGGGAUUCAUGUUCAUGAUUAUUUGGCAAAUAACUUAAAAAAUUCAAGAGUCAAACUAAAGUCUCUGCUGGAAUAACAUGAGAUUGCGGUUUUAUAGAAAUGACUGCCAUCAGAAAAACAGAUGUAACUGUUUGUUUUAAAGUUAUUGGUCGUUAUGAGACAUGAAAUGCACAUUUUUGCCUCUAAGGUUAAAUGAUACAAUAAUAAUAAGAGUCACAUCCAUGUAAAGAUGGAGGGUUUGGUGUUUUUCUCAAGGACCAAACUUGUCUACCCCCAGUGUUUGUGUUCAAUUUCUGUUGAUGUCUUGUCUUUCCUUUUUUUGUUUUUUUUGUUUGGUUUUUUGUUAAUGAGCAAGUACAAGAUUCACACAACCUUUUUUUAUUUUCUGUUUAAGUAAUUACAAUCACAUGAAAGGUAACAUUAUAAAUACAUAAUUUAUAGUUCUUGGAGCUAUACAUAAAACAUAUACAAAAUCUGGACAUUAAUAAUUGGACAAUUAAAGUUUGUUGCUGUCGGAUCCUGCACUUGCUCUGCAGACAUUCCCCUUUUUUUUGUCAUUAUUUUAUCUUUGUGCACAUUUUUAGUUUUUACUUCCUUUUUAUGGUUUGACCUUUCAUCUCCAUAAUGAUUUACAUCAAGACUUAUCAGAACGAUAAUUUUCACAGCAUUUCCACACCAUUUUUCUCCACAAAUCAGAGGAAGACGGCCAAUCAGCUUUCUUGCUUUGUUCCCUGAAAUGCAUUAACAAGGAUGAAGGUCUAAGUUGUCAAAGGAAAUCUGCUUUAGCCCAUGUUUGCCCCUGUAGAGCAGGAGAAACAUUGAUAUUGUUGUCCUGAUUAUGUGGCUGCAAUCAUCAAAGUGUCUGAUGUUUAAACACCAUUCAAACUUUUUCAUGGAAGACAUUUGGACAUAUGUCGAGCAGUGAAAGUCCAGGUGGAACUAAUGAUGGUUUGUUUACUUUCAAGUGUAAAGGUCCUGGAACUGACAAAACUACAUGGGACGCAGCCAUUGUUAGUGUUAUUAAUCUGGGCUUUUCCUCGUACGCCGUGUCAAAAUGUCUGCCGUUUAAAAGGUCCCUUACAUUUGCACAUGCUCCAGUCAGAGAAUAUAUCUUCAUAAAGGUCAGCUGUUUAUUCUCAAAUCCUACAUUAUGGCAUUAGGUUUAGAAAAGGGAGAAUUUCAUUGUGUAGAUACUCACUUUCAGCACAGACAUUUCUGAAACGAGGAUAUAUACAGAUAAAUGCACUAAGGCGCUCUUUACAUUUUUGUACUAUGUUGAGACUAUUGUCACAUUUUCUCACCUGUGGUUAGGCCUGGGCUUGGCCUGAGCUCGGAGGGCUGCAGCUGCAUCAGGGGACGUUAAAGCUCCUGAAACCUUUGUUUCAAAUAUUUCAGUAUUUCUCUGUAACACUGAGUAUUCACAACUGACCAAGUAACAAUCAAAGUUAAAGUUCAGGAGGUAUUUGUUCAUGAGGCCUUUACAGUAGUCGGUGAAAUAGGUUUAUAUGCUUUACUGCUGAGAGGUAAAUAAGAAGAUCGACACCAAUCUCAUGUGUUUUCUGUUAAAUAUGAAGCUACAGCCAGGAGACCGUUAGCUUAGCACAAAGCGUGGAAGAGCUGGUUCUGUCUGAAACUCUCAUGGCUAUAGCUUCACAUUUAUUGUACAAAGUAUCAGUCUUCUCUUCUAACUCUCAGCAAAACAAAGUGUAUUUUCCAAAGCAUCAGACUAUUUCUUUAAAAGCUUUGCGUAUCAUCUGGAUCAAGUCAUUUGACCUUGCGGGUUUGGUCGGAUCACUUUGGUUCCGCAGUGCCUCACCAAUCUUCAGAUUUGUAUUCCAAAAUUGUUAAAUCCACUGAGGUUUGUGACAUAAUCUCAUGUGAAAUAGACACAAUUGUUGCAGGAAGAUUGUGUUUUAAUGUAGGACCCUGCCACUCGUAGUAAGAAGCUGAAAGUACAUUUUCAGGAGCUUGUAAGUCAGGGAAUUAGUGCAAGUUGCAAGAUUGCAGUGUCAGGGAUGGAGGCCAGCCUCAGAAUGUGUAUUUCUAUGAUAGAAAGCCAAUGUGACACAUGUUGGUAGCUGUGUAUCUUUGCUUAAUUCUAGCAGAGUGCUGUGUACUGCCUGCGUUGCUCCAGCUCCUCAGGACUGGAGCAACGCAGGCAGUUAACUACACUGAAUAUGAGGAUGAACUAGAAAUAUUUGCAUUUUUAAGUUGCUUAUAAAAAUGUGCUUUCCCAGGACGUUGUACAUGUGUAUGAAUAAUGGCUAUAAAUCAAGUUUUGGCUUUGCUUUUGUCUGUUCCAGCUUUGUUUGAACUCUGCCUUAAUAUAAAGAUGGUUUUGCAGCACUUUGUAUAAAUAUAUGACAUUUCCUCAAAGUUAAUCUCCCUCGUUCUCAAUAAACCAUCUAACAGGCUCAUAUUCUGGACAUUUCUGCCUUGCACAGUGAUGGCUUUUCUGUUUUUGUACAUUCAUUAACUCACCAAUACUGUUAAAGCAAGAUACCUUUUUAUGGUAACUUGAAUGAUUUUGGCUCUUUAUUUAAUUCCCCGUCACUUGUUGAGAACAUUGCACACACAUGUUCAUCAAAGGGAAUUUUGUGCUGCAAGACCAUCGUGUUAAAGAUCUAUUAAUGUGUGUUAUGUGGAUACAAAUGACUGCUGAUUUCAUCUCCAUUCUCUCACGCUGUUGGCUAUGAUAAAUUGGAUUUCAAAUUGUGGAGCUUUUUAGUAUUUUAAGAUUUAUGGAAAAUAAAAAAAGCGUUUCUUCCCUGGA